GUGUCAUUUGCCUUGUUGUCAUUCUUAGUUGCUCUCAAACAUCAGAAAAAGAAGCAGUGGCCGUUUUUCACACAUCCUCCUGACCAAGCAGAUACAAUGGAAAAACAUCAGGGACCUCCUCCAGAACCAGCACCGCCGUACCCUGGUCCUCCUGGAAAUUACAACAUGGGAGUCUACCAAGCUCAGCCUACCAUCCAGCCCAUUCAACAACCCGCUUACCAGUACAGCCAACAACAUGCACAUGUGCAUUCUGUGAACCCAGUGGUGGUAGUGCAGCAGCUGCCAACUGAUUGUCCUGGACAGAUGAUUUGUCCUCACUGCCAAAGCACAGUUGUUACUAAAACCAAGCACAAAAAUGGCAUGCUCACCUGGCUGAUCUGUGGUGUGCUAGGACUCUUUUUGUGCUGGUUUUGCUGUUUCAUCCCCUUCUGUGUAGAUGCCACCAAGGAUGUGGAGCAUUCCUGCCCCACCUGUAACAAUGUCCUGCACAUUCAUAAACGCAUGUGAAACAGCACUGCAGUGUCAACUCUGCUGAAGUGACAACAAAAGAUCAAGGUCAAAGUCAACACCCAACCGAAUAAACACCUGAACAGGAGCCAAACCUAUAUGCAAACAUUAUGCAAUCAUGACCUCUGUGCUUACUUGUGUAAAAUACAGGUUGUGCCUGCAUGACUCUGUACAUAAGAGCUGUGAUUCCCUCUUUUCUGCUGAUUUCAAAUGUGCAGUCGUGUUGUAAAUAAUAUCAUGUAAAGAAAUAUUUUCAGAUUUUCUCUUGACUUGACUUGGGUGAUGUUGUAUUAAUAUAAUAUACCUCACUGUUAAAUAUAAGCAACAAUGUAGGAUGGUAAAUAUGCCAUGACAUAUUUUCUGAAAUUAAGUCUCUCCAGUGGAUUCUUCUGGUGUUUUUUUUUUCAACCUCAGAAAUCAAAUCAGCUAGCUUUCUAUUUGAAUCUUAAGUUACAAUUACAUUGAGGUAAUAUUUAUUAUAUGAUGAAUGUUUUUAUUCAUUUUAAUUUUAGUUCUUUCUUUUAUUUAUUGAAGAAUAUCUAUUUUAAAAUGAACAAAAUCACUCAAUUUUUUGACCAUGAGUCAAAAGUCUUCAAAAAAAGUUUUCUGCAUAUUCCAGUCUUUUACCAUGAUAUGAAAUUAUUCAGAUUUAAUUAACUGUCAUAGGAUGAUCAUCUUAAUUAGGUUACGUUUAUUGAAUAAACUCAUUCUGUCAAUAA